AUGCUGCAAAAGAACUUCAGCAAAAGCAGCAGCGAGUUAGUAGGGGAUAGCAGCAGCAGAAGGCAACAACACCAGCAGCAGCAGCAGCAGAAGGCAACAAAACAAGCAGCAGCAGCAGCAGCAGCAGCAGCAACAGCAGCAGCAGCAGCAGCAGCAGCAGCAGGGCGUCUGACAUUUGGUGUGACUUUCGUUCUCUUUGUGAAUUCAUCGACGGCCUUCACCAGCAGGCAGAAAAAGCAGCAGCAACAGCAGCAGCAGCAGCAGCAGAAACAGCAGCAGCAGCAGCAGGAACAGCAGCAGCAAUAG